CAUCCUACACACACACACACACACACACAUACAUAUAUAUAUGCCUACUUUAGAUACACAUUUUAUCUCAAGCUAAUUGUAACUCCGAAAGUUGUGCUUUUUUUUUUUCAAAACUAAUCUCUUCACUAUGAAAACUUGGAUAAAUUUAGGGUUAAUAAAAAAGAAAGUGAACAAGAAAUGUAAAUACCGGUAUGUCUAUGUUCUGAAGAAAGGAAAACCAAUUAGAAAGAGAUCAUUUUUUAAGAACUCACAUCCAAUCGUUAUUAAAGAUUUUUUGGACCGAAAACAGAAAAAUCCUUUGACACAGAAAAUCAAUUUUCUUCAUGGACUAAAACAGGUUUUGAAUAUGGCUGUUAAGUACUGUACUGACUUUAUAAUACCAGAGGUCGGAGAGUACUGCGGGACUGACGGAGACCUUCAGAGACUAAGUCAUGAGGUUGUGUCACACAAAAUCCAUCUGGACACAUUGGAUACAUUAGUCGAAACCAUCCACGACAUAGGUUAUAAAGAUAAAGAAAUUUUCAGAUGUUUCACGGCUGCAGAUUUCUUGAAUGACCAUAACAUUUUAAGUUGUCCAUGUAGAAAUCCCAUUUAUUUUCACUACUACAAAAAGAUGGAGAAAUGUCUCACUCAAGAUAAUGUCGCCUUCAGUUCUCAAGGUCUAAGGAACAAAAGAACUUUUUUUCUUACCCUACAGAAAUGUGUUCACUCCCUGUCUGUUAGAAAUCCUAAGCAGUAUAGUUAACGCAAGAAGAUGAUGAACGUAGCUCAAUAGUAUAUAGUGUUGUUCUUCAUUUGCUUUGUUUUAUUAUGUGUCUGUUUUUAUAUGUACCAGUGUUUAUGUGAAUAGUCUAUUUGAUAAUAUUACAUGUAAGUACAAAAUUACUAUUACUAUGUGUUGACAAAUAAACAUAAUUUUUGAUGAC